AUGACUGGUUUUCGCAAUGACAUGAGUGUAAAGGAGAAGCUUUAUCUGGGGUUUAGCCAAUCCUUCCGUGAGACGCUAGAGUUCAAUACUCAGGUUGGGCACGCCACAGACCGUCAGCUAUCUUCGGAUCAAAACGAGAUGAGCCACCUCGAGUUCACUCCGUGCCAUGAUCGGGGCCUUGGAGGUUCUUCAUCCUCCCUGCAACAGAAAACCAUGGUACAAGAUGUGGAAUUGCAAGACAGGAUGUACAGGUUUCCAGUCAAGGAAUCUGUGUUCAGGGAGACGAUGUAUGAGCCGAGGUAUGACUAUCCCGAAGAGAGGAAAAGACUUAUCGAGCACUUCUUGGCAAAGUCUCGAUUUGUUGAAAGUGCACAUAAACGCCUAGCGGCAGUUAUACGGCCACGGAGCAAGCAGAUCCAUACGGUUCCUGGCCUCGUGGCUCGACGACGACCUGGCCAGAUCAUGAAUAUUGAAUGGCAACAGGAAUACCACGGUUUUGCAAUGGGCAUGAGCUUCAGCGCAUUCCAAGGCAAAUCGAUGGAGGCGAACGGGUACCAGAAGCGUGGAAUCCGGUAUCUGCACUUCCAAAAGGUAGACGACGUGUACCGGACCUUUCCCGGUCCACCGCUGAUCACCGCCACGGCCGAGGACUACAGGGCCAGUUUCAGCACGGAGAUGUUCUUCCAAGAUGGCAUAGACGGAAAUAUUUCCAUGACAGAGCUAGACAUCACCGACAUCAACGGUAGGAAGCGCAGAUGGAUAUGUAUCGAAAUGUCUAGGCCUCUUGUCCAAGCAACCGGUCCAGUUCCGUCUGAGCUGAUACCCAUGCCGUGCUCGUACCUCAAGAUUUCUGCGCCGUAUGACAAAGUCUCGAUAACGACAAACCUGAUGAAAUUCGACGAACGGCUAAAUCUAAGCAGAUCCCCACAACUGGGAAAUUUCAAGAGGCUUACGGUUCAAGGCCACGGUCGAGGAACGGACGCAUACCGAGUAAGGCUGAGAUUGUGCAGUGACGGUGUUCCUAUCUUCGCGACUGGAUCAAAAAAGUGCAUGCCCUUUGCCAAUCGCACUGAAGAUUUUCUCUUCGUGAAAAACGUCAACGGCCUGCCGUGGAAGGAGACCGAUCGCCGUGUCAGCAACGCCACCAAGGCCAUGCGAAAGCACGAAUUCUGGGAGCGCUGUCGUUCGGCAGCAGAAGUUGACAAGGCCCGGUGGAAGUCUCUCCAGGACGCCAUGGCCAGAGAUGAUUGCGUUGUGGAUAUCACAUUUGAGGGGGAAUGGGAUAAGGUUGGACCCAGCGUCCAGAUGUCUCAGGAGGUUGCGCGAACACCGACAGCGGUACCGCAGACUGGCUUAUCUCCGUUCGUGCACCCGCUCCGGGCACAGGAUGCAGGGAAGGGGCGCGCCAGUAGCAGUGGAAGUUGUCGUGCUAAGGAUUCCGGGCUGCGCAACGAAGUGAAGUUCUAG